AUGGCAGAUGGAGCAAAUCUCUCUUUAUUUGCCCUUAGGUUCCAGACCUACAAUAACAAGGUUGACAAAGAUAUAUUGAUGAGAGCCAGAAAAAUAAUUCAUAUCAUCAUCAUCAACAACAGAUGUAGAAAGCUGUUCUUUGGAAAAUCUGCAAAUCUUCAACAGCAACAACAAAUCUUGCAAGAUGGUUAUUUUGGAAAAGCUGCAAAUAUUCACCAGGUCCACUUUCAGCUCAAGAACUCAAAAUACUUGGCACCUGCUCAAGAGCUUUCGGAUGAGAUCUGUAGCACCGGAACAAAGCAAACGUAUCCACCCAAACAAAAGCUCCAUAAGUCCAAUCAGUGGGAGGACGAGAAUGGAUGUGCUUCUUUACAGAAACAACCUCUGCACAAUCUUGACCUACUCAUUAUGGCUUUUGAAGAGAAGGUCAAGAUAAGGAGCUACGACGGUCGAACUGAUCGAGGUCGGGUGGAGGACCUGGAGCGAAGAUGUGAGGUAGGGCCGGCACAGAGCGUGUUACUCUUCACGGACACGAUGGGCGACCCCAUCUGUAGGAUUCGCAACAGCCCUCUAUUCAAAAUGCUGGUGGCCGAGUUGAAUAACGAGUUGGUUGGCGUCAUUCAAGGCUCCAUAAAGAUGGUUACGUUGGCUACCCCUACCAGGGAUCCUGCCGUGGUAGGUUAUGUCUUGGGUCUCAGAGUUUCACCUUUCCAUAGACGAAAGGGCAUCGGUUCGAGCCUGGUUCGACGACUGGAGGAAUGGUUCCUCUCUAAUCAUGUCCACUUCGCCUACAUGGCCACUGAGAAGGAUAACGAAGCCUCGGUGAAACUCUUCACGGAGAAGCUUGGUUUUGUCAAGUUCAGGACCCCUUCGAUACUUGUGAACCCAGUGCACUAUCACAGCCUGCGUAUCUCGCGGGGCGUCGAGAUUGCGAAGCUCAAGAUGGAAGAAGCUGAGUAUCUCUACAGAAGGUUCAUGGGCUCAACCGACUUCUUUCCCCAUGACAUUGACCGAAUCCUGAAGAACAAACUCAGCUUGGGUACGUGGGUGGCAUACCCACGAGGCGAGUCCUGGAGUGAGUUGAGGUGUGAUGGACGUCUGCCGACUAGUUGGGCCAUGAUGAGCGUGUGGAAUAGUGGGGACCUGUUCAAGCUAAGGGUAGCGAAAGCUCCUCUCUCUUGCCACAUCUAUUCAAAGAGCUCGAGAUUGAUUGAUCGGAUCUUCCCUUGCUUGAGCAUACCGGCACUGCCGGACGUCUUCCACCCAUUUGGGUUCUACUUCAUGUACGGCUUGCAUGGAGAGGGACCGAGGUCUGGCGCACUGGUGCGCUCUCUGUGCCGGUUUGUGCACAACAUGGCUACCGAGUGCAAGGAUUGCAAGGUUAUUGUCACGGAGGUAGGGGGUUGCGACGGAUUGAGACCUGAAAUCCCACACUGGAAAUUAUUAUCCUGUCCCGAAGACUUGUGGUGCAUAAAAGCGUUGAGGAAGGAAGAUGAAAAUACACUCUUGGGAUUGACAAAAAUCCCAACAAGAGGCCUUUUCGUCGACCCUAGAGAGGUUUGAUCAUUCAUGGUGUUCAACGGACAAAUUAUCGAGUCCCCAAAGGCCUAAGGGGUCCUACUAGUACUACCCAGUACCCAACCCAACUCAAUACGUUACAUUUCUGUUUGCCAGCCCAUCCCCAUCCCAAAGACAUAAACCAAACCCUCCUCGUGCGAUAGUUUCCUCUUGUUUCCUUCCAAUUACACGGAACACAAUCUCCAGGGAUUUCCUUAAUGAGGUCUGCCUCGGUGGCUUCGUUCUGUAACUCCAUCUUCUCUAUCUUUCCCCACCCUCACUCUCACUCGUGAUAUGAACCACUUUGUUUCGUCGGGAGUGGUGGUCCAUCUCUGCCGUGUCCUCACUACUGUACAAAUUCCACUAUACCCCACCACCUUCUGGCUCUCAGAAUUGCCGGUGUAGUUUUAAAAUAAGGUAAGGGACCUGAUUAUACAUAUAUAUGGUGCACAUGUGAGACAAGGGAGUCAUUAGGGGUCCUCUUAAGACUUGUUCUUUGCGAACGUCGAAAUUUAGGAAAGUUUGUGCUUACAUCAGCUUCUCCUUAAUCCUUAUAUGGUUGAUACCCUUUGUCUUCCUUUCCGUUCUCAUCGCCCCUGUUGGCUGUUACUUUCCUUUCCUUCCCCCGUUACGAAUUGGGCUCUGUUCCUCACUGACCGCGCCUCACAGUCACAUCCCACCUUGUAUUGGAAUUUGGACACAUCUUCCAAGUUCCAAUUCCGUGAAUAAUAAAUAUAAGUGAGGAGCAGAUCCGGACUCGUCGGUUACAUAUAUCCUACGUACCAUUGAGGCAUCGUACGUCGCUAAUCACCCCACCAUUGCUUUAGUAGUAGGGGUGCGGGGGAUAUUUCAACCUAAGCUCGGCAUCAUUCCGCAGACAGACGCGAACCUGAUAGCUUUCUUCAAGCCUCGAAAAUGUGGAUACACUCACAGUCACGGAGUUGGUUGGUAUCACAAGCCGGAAGUCACUCAUCGUCAUCAGGACCAGAUAUAUAUGCAUGGAUCAACUAGGCACGCACUACCCCAAGUCGAUCGAUCUUCCUCCAUAUCAAUUAACCGAGGAACCCACUCACAUUCUAUAUUCAAAUGCAACAUUCGGAUGAUGAUAAUUAGGUGCAUGGAUGACAAGAACAAGAAGAACAACGACGGUGGCAGCGGCGACGAGGACGACGACGGCCAAGCUUGAUGAUGGCUCUAGAGGCUGUGGCAGGAAAGUAGGCAAUAAGAAAAAGCAUCCACAAGCCAACGGAAGCUUUAAUAAUUAAUGCAAUGGAUCCCAAUACUUGGAGUAGGGCUUUUGUCCUCCACCAAAAAUAAGUUGGGCGAUGGUAGGGUACAGCAUCGAAACUCAAGCCAGCAACCGAAUCCUUUAAUUGAUAGGCUUAAUCCAUAUUUAUGUUAAAAGCGGAUGAAUAAAACAACAUCUGGAAUGUGCUUCCGUCGCUUCUUUCUUUUUUGU